UACAUAGACCUCGAGCAAUCGUCGUGUUUAAUUCAGGCUCGUAUUGAAUACGCAGCAUUCACUUUUACAUGUUCAAGCUGGUAAUGGCUACCAACACGGCCACUACAUCUCAUAUGACGUACUAAUACAUACAGUGUUUUACAGUGUAAUGUUACAUGUCGAAAACCCAGACAAGUUAGUGUUCUAGUCCCCGCAUUUUUUCCAUCAUUUACGGUACAUUCAGACCACGUGACAAGGAAGCUUUCAACCUCAGCUCCGAGCGCUGACUGGAGGCUACGCGGAGCCCCCACCGAAAAUCCCGAAUGUCAUUGUAGACGUAAAGUGCAAAAAUGACGAAAUUACAGUUUUUAAACGCUUUUUUCGCCGAGCGUUUAAUGGCGGCCAUGCAGGAGAUUAUGCAGGUGGUGGGAGAUACGUUAAUUGAGUACCAGGAGGAAACUGAUCGGACAAAGAGGGAGAACGAAAUUCUGCGGCGGAGGUUGCGAGGGGCUGGCCUCGAUAAUGAAGCAGCUAUGCCAAAGUUCUCUCCCCCUCUCCGUGCAGACAGGGCCGUCUCUGAGCAUCAGGAGUGGGGCUCCCCAGGGCAGGACACAGAGUCCACACUGACUGCAGUGAAGCUGGAGUUCUCUGAGCCGCAGAGGCACAGACAGGAGGAGGAGAAGCACCGCAGGCUGGAGUCUGGCACAGACGGGUCAGUAAUUCCGUCUCCGUGUUCGAAAAGGGAAUGUGGUCCAGACUCCCUAAACCAGCCAGCGUUCUCACCUCCAUGUGGGAAACGGGACAGCGUACAGGACCCGCAGAACCAUCUGGAUCUCAGACUGCAGAUUGGGAAUACUGAGGAAGAGGAAGGUACUCCCAGUGUCACACGUUAUCAGAUUAAAACAGAGACUGAUGGAGCUGACUGUACCGUAUCAGAAGAGCCUGCUGAGGGACUGUUCCUUCAUAAAAUAAAUCCUGCCAGUGAAACGGACCAAAGUGAAAACAGUGGACGGGUAGAUGAGGAUAUAACCAGCCGUUCAAACUUGCUGUCUGAACAGCAUUCCAAAGAACACCCGGAUCUGCUCCGAGGGGACGGCUCGCUGUCCUGCGCUUACUGUGGGAAGGUCUUCUUCCUCCUGUCCAGGUUAAAAUCCCACCUGAGGAGUCACACGGAGGACAGCUCGUUUCAGUGCAGCGUGUGCGGGAAGUGCUUCAGCCAGUCCGGGAACCUCAACGUGCAUCAGCGAGUUCACACGGGCAAGAAGCCGUACUGCUGCAGCAUCUGCGGCAAGAGCUUUAACUAUUCGGGUAAAUUUAAGGAACAUCAGCGAAUUCAUACGGGGGAGAGGCCGUACCGCUGCAGUUUUUGCGGUAAAUAUUUUAGUCAGUCCGGACACUUGAAAGCACACGUGAGAAUUCACACAGGAGAGAAGCCCUACAGGUGCCCUGUGUGUGGAACCUGCUUCUCUCAGUUGAGCCAGAUUAAGAGGCACCUGCUAACUCACACGCAGGAGAUGGCAUUAGGCAGUCACAGUCAGGGGGGAGAGCUGCACUAACUACUGUACUCUGCUGCAACACUCAAAUAAAUUAUUUAAAGUAACUGGACUUAAGCUGUUAUUUAUAUGGAAUAAUCCAUUCUCAAAUCUCCAGAAUGCGGUGCUCAACUUCAGGGCUAUCACAGAAAAGUAUACUUCUGAGUAUUGUAAGAGCAUCAAGGCACCAAAUUGAUGUCCAAAAUACUCAAACAAAUGACUGUUUUUUUGUUUUUUGUUAACUGAAUUCACUAAUAUGAGAACAAGAAAUUUGUCCCAUCUUUUUGCAUGAUUAGGAUAGAACAAAUGUCACCCUUCCAGUUUAAAAGUUUCAAGUUGUUAAGAAGCAAUGAAAGGUUGUAGGUAUAAGAUUAAUGCUAGAUGCUAGGCAGAUGGUUUAUUUUCAGAUGCAUGUCUUACACAGUAUUACAAUAUAUUCAUACAUUUAUGUGAGUGACAUCCGUGAGACAGCCCUAUUAAUUAGAGUAUAAUUUUUACUGAUUGAUUUUGUCAUACAGAACAGCAUGCUGGUAGAAACAAGAAUUAGAUUUAAGCCUACCUUUAGGCCAGGAUUCAAUCAACAUUUGUUCUAAACAUUGAACUAGAGACUAAACGGUGUGGCUAUUGCUAAAUUGAGUCUGUGAGGAAAAAGUGUAAUUCUUGUGUUUACUUGUAAGUCAGGAAUGGGGUUUGCUCAGAACAGAAACAUUUUAAAAUUUUAAAGUACACCUAUUUAAAAUUGAAAUAUCUUCACUCAUCAGAAUAAUCACUUACAUUACCAUUGCCCCGUUGAAAGACUGCUCUUCGUAGAUAUAAAUCUUAUGUCAAAUUAGCCAUUAAUCAAACCUGUAGGUCAGUGUUCCAAAUUAUACAUUUCUGUCUGUAACUUGCUAUGUUUUUAUUUUGUUCUGCCUGUUAUUUUAUUUAAACACUACUUUUACAUGUUGUAAUCUGCAGGAGUAAAUCUAAGGCAAGCCUAUGGGUAAUUAUCAUUAUAAUUCAUUUUUAUUUAAUCAAUGGAAAGUGUGACUCUUCUCUCUAUGCGGUGAGAAUAAAGAGCUUGAUAUUUAAAAUG